CAAGCCCUGAGCGUUAUCACAUUUUGCAACUACUGGAUGUCCUUUUGAGGAAACAUUUUUUUGUAUUUUUUUUCCCUUUGUAGAAUUCUUUAAAGUUUCCAGCUGUCGUUGUCAGUGCUCUGUGGCAGUCAGGAUGCAACCGCUGGUUUUGAAGGUCCUCUGCACCACUCUGCUGCUUGUAGCUGUGGUGCCUGCUGUUUACUCACAGUCAGAUUGUUCUCAGGCCGAGUCAUGUGACCUGUGUGUUGGAGUCUCCAUGCUCAACCUGACAGGCUGUGUCUGGAGGCUUUGUCCAACUGGUAAUGAUACAGGCAGUUGUAUGACUGAUCAGGGUGACUCUGCAGACACCGCCAUGAACUGCAGCUGGACUAGAGUGUCUGAAUUGUGCACAGUUGUAGAGACUGUGGCUGAUGGAGGAGGUGGAGGUGACUCAGGGGAUGGAAGUAACCCCAAUCCAUCAUCAGAGUUCUCCCAGGCCAAGUUUGACAUGUCCAGCUUCAUCGGCGGCAUAAUAUUGGUGCUGUGUCUGCAGGCGGGGGGCUUCUUUGCCAUGCGCUUCCUCAAAUCCAAAGAGCAGAGCAGCUAUGACCCCAUAGAUCAGCCAGCACCACAGUGAAAACUAGAAGUGUAAAGGACAAACAAACUAGCCUAGAGGACAGCUGAGCAGUGACUCAUCGAUUUGUGACGACAAGAGUGUUUUUUGUUUUUUCUGAGCCCCUGUCAUUCUUGGUUUGGUCCCUAUAAUUUUUCCCCUUGGGGAAUGGGUGUGUUAUAAAGUGGAUUUUUUCUCCCCAGAAUAAUGUAUCGUGCAUGUUCAGUGUGUUUGUAUAGUAUUUAUAUGUCAGAGAAAUGUGGCUGUUAAUUUUCACAAAAUCAGACAAAUGAGAAAAAAAAACAGCUUUAAUGUCUCCGCUUUGUGAUCUAAGAUAUUACGUUUAAGUGAUAACCUCUUCAAAACAACCUGUAUCUGAAUUAACCAAGAUUUAAAAAAAGCACAGUGCUGUUGUGGGAAAGGGAGAUAUGAUUAAAUGAGAACAGUAGGUCAGACGAGGUCAAAACAGGCAUUUGAAGUGCUUUUAAGAACUCUUAAAUAGACCAAAAUGGGAUCCACACAAGAUUCUUUCCAUCAUUGAAGAGGAUGUCUGUUUUUAGUGUUGAGCUAACAUUUUGUUGCUUUAUUGAGACAAGAAAAAUAAUAUUUGUAAAUGAAACAUAUUUCUUUCCUCCGUUAACUUGCAGUGAGUUGGAUUGCUAAAAUGAUUACCUAAGAGAGCCAUGGAGGAGAUUCUGAUGGUUUCUUUGUCAGAAUUCUGUUUCCACUGCUCAUAUUAUCAAUAUCAGUUUUAGCCCUGUAAUAGCAGCUAUAAGAGAUGUAAUACUACCCUGUUUCAUCAUUCUGUGCUUGUUAAGUUCAUCAUUGUAAAUGUUUGAUCUUUAGGGUGUGCCACUAGAAUAUCAAAUUGCUUUAA